CGCUCCCCGCGGUCGAAGCCGCCGCUUGGCUUUCAGCGGCUCGGACUCCUUCGCAGCCGCUGCCUCCGCUACCUGGGCCUGGAAGCGGGGAGACCCCUGGGCGAGACCAUGAGGAAAUUCAACAUCAGGAAGGUGCUGGACGGCCUGACCGCAGGCUCGUCCUCGGCCUCGCAACAGCAGCAACAGCAGCAGCACCCGCCUGGGAACCGGGAGCCGGAGAUCCAGGAGACGCUCCAGUCCGAACACUUCCAACUCUGCAAGACUGUUCGCCAUGGAUUCCCCUAUCAGCCCUCAGCUCUGGCCUUUGAUCCCGUUCAGAAGAUCCUGGCGGUAGGAACUCAGACUGGUGCUUUAAGGCUCUUUGGUCGUCCAGGAGUGGAAUGUUAUUGCCAGCAUGACAGUGGAGCAGCAGUGAUCCAACUCCAGUUCCUGAUUAAUGAGGGAGCCCUUGUGAGUGCCUUGGCUGAUGACACCUUACACUUAUGGAAUUUACGUCAAAAGAGGCCUGCCGUACUACAUUCACUUAAAUUUUGCAGAGAAAGGGUUACAUUUUGCCAUCUGCCUUUCCAGAGUAAAUGGCUCUAUGUGGGCACUGAACGAGGUAACAUACAUAUUGUCAAUGUGGAGUCCUUCACACUCUCAGGCUAUGUCAUUAUGUGGAAUAAAGCCAUCGAACUGUCAUCUAAAUCUCACCCAGGACCUGUUGUCCAUAUAAGUGAUAAUCCCAUGGACGAGGGGAAGCUUUUGAUUGGCUUUGAAUCUGGAACAGUAGUCUUAUGGGACCUCAAGUCAAAGAAGGCUGACUACAGAUAUACAUAUGAUGAGGCGAUUCACUCUGUGGCUUGGCAUCAUGAAGGAAAACAAUUUAUUUGCAGUCAUUCAGAUGGUACUCUGACCAUAUGGAAUGUGAGGUCCCCUGCUAAGCCUGUACAGACCAUUACCCCUCACGGAAAGCAGUUGAAGGAUGGGAAGAAACCAGAGCCAUGCAAGCCUAUCCUCAAGGUGGAGUUCAAGACGACGAGGUCUGGGGAACCUUUUAUUAUUCUGUCAGGAGGCUUAUCCUAUGAUACCGUGGGGAGAAGACCUUGUUUAACAGUGAUGCACGGGAAAAGCACGGCCGUGCUGGAAAUGGACUAUUCAAUUGUUGACUUCCUCACCCUCUGUGAAACGCCAUAUCCAAAUGAUUUUCAGGAACCGUACGCUGUGGUUGUUCUUCUGGAAAAGGAUUUAGUGCUGAUAGACCUUGCACAAAAUGGAUACCCUAUAUUUGAGAAUCCCUACCCUUUGAGUAUACACGAGUCCCCUGUUACAUGUUGUGAAUAUUUUGCUGAUUGUCCUGUGGACCUUAUUCCUGCACUUUAUUCUGUUGGAGCUAGACAGAAACGUCAAGGUUACAGCAAAAAGGAAUGGCCCAUCAAUGGCGGUAAUUGGGGCUUGGGUGCUCAAAGCUACCCAGAAAUAAUUAUUACAGGGCAUGCUGAUGGGUCUGUUAAAUUCUGGGAUGCUUCUGCAAUAACUCUACAAGUACUGUAUAAAUUAAAAACAUCUAAAGUAUUUGAAAAGUCAAGAAAUAAAGAUGACAGACAGAACACCGACAUUGUAGAUGAAGAUCCAUAUGCCAUUCAGAUCAUCUCCUGGUGCCCAGAGAGCAGAAUGCUGUGCAUAGCUGGAGUGUCAGCUCAUGUCAUCAUUUAUAGAUUCAGCAAACAGGAAGUAGUUACAGAAGUCAUUCCGAUGCUUGAAGUUCGACUGUUAUAUGAAAUCAAUGAUGUGGAAACGCCAGAGGGUGAGCAGCCGCCACCUUUGUCUACCCCUGUGAGCAGCUCCAACCCUCAGCCCAUCCCUCCUCAGUCUCAUCCGUCUACCAGUAGCAGCUCAUCUGAUGGGCUUCGUGAUAAUGUACCUUGUUUAAAAGUUAAAAACUCACCACUUAAACAGUCUCCAGGCUAUCAGACAGAGUUAGUCAUUCAGUUGGUGUGGGUGGGUGGAGAACCCCCACAGCAGAUCACCAGCCUGGCACUCAACUCUUCCUAUGGACUGGUGGUUUUCGGCAACUGUAACGGCAUUGCAAUGGUUGACUACCUCCAGAAAGCAGUACUGCUGAACCUCAGCACCAUUGAACUAUACGGCUCAAAUGAUCCUUACCGGAGAGAACCUCGGUCACCCCGGAAAUCUCGACAGCCUUCAGGAGGUGUGCUGCUUGGGACUCCUUGCAUGUGCGGCCUUUCUAGCUUGUAUUCUGAGUCUGUGAAAAAGCUCCGCUCUUCUGUCAUAACGGGCCUGUGUGAUAUCACUGAAGGAACUGUCGUCCCAGAGGAUCGCUGCAAAUCUCCGACUUCCGGUUCUUCAUCGCCACACAAUUCAGAUGAUGAACAAAAAGUGAAUAAUUUUAUAGAAAAGGUGAAGACCCAAAGCAGAAAGUUUUCCAAGAUGGUAGCCAGUGAUCUAGCAAAGAUGUCAAGGAAAUUAAGCUUGCCAACUGACCUAAAGCCUGAUUUAGAUGUAAAAGACAAUUCCUUCAGUAGAUCAAGGAGUUCAAGUGUAACAAGCAUUGACAAAGAGUCCCGGGAAGCCAUCUCUGCUCUUCAUUUCUGUGAGACUUUCACUCGGAAGACAGACUCAUCCCCAUCCCCGUGCCUGUGGGUGGGGACCACAGUGGGAACUGCGUUUGUCAUCACGCUGAAUCUCCCCCCGGGGCCUGAGCAGAGACUCCUUCAGCCAGUGAUUGUGUCUCCCAGUGGUACUAUAUUGAGGUUAAAAGGUGCAAUCUUGAGGAUGGCAUUUCUGGAUGCCACGGGCUGCUUAAUGCCACCUGCAUAUGAACCCUGGAAAGAGCACAACGUUCCUGAAGAAAAAGACGAAAAGGAGAAAUUGAAAAAGCGGCGACCUGUCUCAGUGUCCCCCUCCUCUUCUCAGGAAAUUAGUGAAAACCAGUAUGCAGUGAUAUGUUCUGAAAAGCAAGCAAAAGUAAUCUCACUGCCAACCCAGAACUGUGCAUACAAGCAGAACAUCACUGAGACAUCCUUCGUGCUCCGUGGAGACAUUGUCGCACUGAGUAACAGUGUCUGCCUCGCCUGCUUCUGUGCCAAUGGCCAUAUUAUGACUUUCAGUUUGCCAAGCUUGAGACCUCUGCUGGAUGUCUACUACCUGCCCCUCACCAACAUGCGGAUAGCCAGGACAUUCUGCUUCGCCAACAAUGGACAAGCCUUAUACCUAGUUUCACCUACAGAAAUCCAGAGACUUACCUACAGUCAAGAGACAUGUGAAAAUCUUCAGGAGAUGCUCGGCGAGCUCUUCACACCUGUAGAAACACCAGAAGCACCAAACAGAGGGUUCUUCAAAGGCUUGUUUGGAGGCGGUGCACAAUCGCUCGAUAGAGAAGAACUAUUUGGAGAGUCGUCCUCUGGAAAGGCCUCCAGAAGCCUUGCGCAGCACAUCCCGGGCCCCGGUGGGAUUGAGGGUGUGAAAGGAGCUGCAUCAGGAGUGGUGGGGGAACUCGCCCGAGCCAGGCUGGCCCUCGAUGAGAGAGGACAGAAGCUCAGUGACUUGGAGGAGAGGACUGCAGCCAUGAUGUCCAGCGCAGACUCGUUUUCCAAACAUGCUCAUGAGAUGAUGCUGAAGUACAAAGAUAAAAAGUGGUACCAGUUCUGACAACUAGAACUCAGUGAGUCCAGCUGCAACCUGAAGGAAAAAGAAAUUUCCUUGUAAUGAUGUCACGGAUGUACUUGGGAAAGAUAACAUAAAAGGGAUGCACAUUGCUGAAAACUUCUUUCCCAGCACCGUCAUGCACUGUUUUACCUCAGUCACUCGGCUUUAACGGAGAAGAAUCCCUGUGCAAAAGCAGAGCAUAUGGCGUGUGCUGGCUCUGAGUUGACAAACAGAGAACCAAGUGGGGUCACGCUGAUGGACGAACAUACAGAGGAUGCUGAGAAGUCCUGGAGGGGUAUUCCUUGGAUCAUUCCUGUAUUAAACUUUUGUAUGCCAAAAGAUUUUGUGCCGUUGUAUCUGCCACCAGUGUUUGAUCCGUGGGGAGAGGCAGUAAACCAGAAGUUGUAAGUCUGCAAAGGUCACUUUGUGUCUGGAGUGCAUUGUGAACAGCUGUCUGCACUCACCCUCUCGCACAGUAUCAUUAGUGAAAAAGCAACAAACUGUCCCUUCUCGUUAGACUGCUGAAUGGUGGGCUGUAAGUAAUCGAAGCACACACACACACAGCUAGUGUGCGGGGUCCUCUUCUACUCUCGGUAUUACAUACUGUGUUCAGUUCCUGUGUCUUCAAAAGCAAAUCAAGGUGAUGUGUCACUUUUCAUGGAAAAGUGCAGCGCAUGACUGAGUUGCCCAUCUUCUACGAGUUUCCAUGUAGUGACCAUGCAAAGAGGAAAAUCGAGAAAACCUCCAUUGUGGUGAGGAGAAUUCGUCAAUGUCUUUUGUCCCUGUUCACAUCAACUCAGCUAAAAGUAGACUUGACCAAAACAGUUACUGGUUACAUUUGUAGAAAAGUUGAAAUUGGCUAAGUUUUUAAUUUUGCUUGAAUUUUUAUAAAAUGUUUAACCAAAUGUACCCUUGCAUUAUUUAAUUAAAAUUGCUAAAACAACAGUGUUUUAUCAUUUCAGUAAAGUGCUCAGCUCCCUUUUAAAAAUGCCCUCCAUUUGCUCAGUUUCAGUACACUCAGGUGAUGAACCAGUUUAAUCUUAGUGCGCACGCUGCCGCAUGGAAAACUGCAAGUGUCUCUUGUCCAGUUACCCAAGAGUCUAGUCUGAUGAGCUACAAAAUAUCACCCGUAGACAACAUCACACCUGUACAUACCCUUCUGGAAUACUAAAAGCAAAAAGAAAGGAAAGUAUGUUCAUAUCAAUCACUAACUUUUUUCUGUAACCAAGAGUGGUGUGCAUUGGAGAGCAGUAGACACGGAAUGAUUGGUUCGUGCAGUAGCAGGGCAGCCUAGAGAGGAAGCAGCCUGUGAUGCAGUCAGGGGCUGUGAUUGCUAAAGCCACAAAGGACGAAGGGAAGGGAAGUGGGGGCUGUGAACUUUGCAUGCUGUCUCCCAUGACAGACUGUACUGAGUCACUGUCCUUAAGAAUAAGCAGGGCACAGAUCGCAGGGAAGCAUGGCUGUUUUCUGUUCUGUUUGAUAAUUAAGGUUCCUGUCAGUCAUCCUCACUUCUCAGCCUGUCACUUGCCCGUGUCUCUUUCAUUAAUAAUUCUUUUGUUUACAUUUUAUAACGUGCACUACUGGAUAUAAAAGUUUACAUCAAAGUUUACUUUAAAUAGCAUCAGGUAAGGAUUAAAUACAUGUGAUGAAGAGAAUUGAUCAAGAUAAAAAUGUUUUUAAACUAUAAUCAUUUUUAAAAAUUUCUGAAUCUGUAGAAAGUAAAAAAAAAAAAAAACAUUCGUUUCAUGUCUGUUCUCUGAACAUUCAGCAAUUUACAAAUUGCUUAAUUUGCAUUACGUAUAUUGUCCAUUAAACCCAUGUUCCAUGGUACCUCACUGGAAGAAUUGGGUUCUUUUUUUUAAAGGAAUAGUUUUAUGAAUAUCAAUAGUCGAGAGUCGAGAGUUUUAAAAAGUUGAAAAGUACUAAGUACCUAUCGCACUGCUUGACUGUGUGUGGAGCCUCAGCUGUUUAAUUUGUUGUGUUAUUUGCAUAUCGAAUUCCUUUCUACAAUCAUUUUAACUCCUGUAAAUAAGAUGACUCAAAGUUGUAAUUAUUUACUAACAGAGAAGUAGAUAAGUUUAUCAGAGCUGGAUUUUAUAAGAACAUGUUAAUUCAUUAUUUUAAAUUAUUUGCUUUUAUUUUAAUUAAUCUACAUAUUGUGCACAACAAUCUAAGAAAGUACAAAGCAUUUUUAAGUAGAGGAAAUGAGCAUCCCAGAGCUGCGCCUGAUGAUGUAAAGACAGCUCACAGUGAUAACUGGCCCAGGGGAUGGGCUGCAGUCUGAACCGCUCUGCCUCCUCCCAACCCACUCCUGUCUUCUUUGAUGCAAAAAGUAGUAGCCACCAGCAAGUCACAGUUUCAGGAACUUUAACAAUAACAACAGCAAAAGGUCAAAAAAUAAAUUCUCAAAAAAUGAAAGUGUAUAAGUGUGUGUGUGUGUGUGUGUGUGUGUGUGUGUGUGUGUGUGUGUCUUCUCUGUACCCUUUUUGGUCUUUGAUUCUGAAAUUCAAGUAUUCUUCAGUUAACUUUAUUGAUGGGAAGAGAUUUCUCUGUAUGUACCUCAUAACAAAUUCAUUUCAUUUUGCAAACUAAAACCAGUCCCUGUUUGCUUAGAAUGUUGUUAUUUGAAGUAUCUCAUUUUGUCAAAAUCUUUCUGUGUGUGAAUAUGGCAUUACCAUAACACCCGCUCACAUUCUGGCUCUACCACUUCUAAAAACCGGUUAUAGAUUUAACAAAACCUGUUCCUGAUUUGAGGUUUUCAUGGGAAAAUACUGUGUACAUAUGCAUAUUAUUGCAAGUAUGCUGCAGUUUCAUCAAGAACAUUUCCUUAAGUACUCACUGAAUUCAGUUCAGGCAGUCAUUUGCAGCAGUGAGCCAGGACUGAAAGAGUGUAUAUGUUUAGAAUAUGUGAGAUGCUGAGAGACAGACAGGUGAGGAACAGAGGGGGUUGUUCCAAGUCUUACCCUGAGUUCUGUAUUCGAUUCGUAUGCUUUGCUCAAGGCAUUUCGCAUGUGACAUUAGUAAAGCUAUCUCCAAAGGGUUUUUUUGUUUGUUUGUUUUUGUAUCUGUUUUUCUUUUUUGUGGCAAAGAUUUAUUUUAACUUGGGGGAUUUUGUUUGUUUAUAUGUUUCUGCAAAAUAAAGAGCACUGAACUUUAAACUUGAA